UAGGUCAUCAUGUUACCUGACUGUUUUUAAACUAAACUUUCCUUUGUUUACACUUGUCGUUAAUGUUAAAAAAUCGCAAUGUUGUCGCUUAUUUCUGCGAUUAAGAUUAUAUUUUUCGUAUGCUUUAUUGUAUUUUGUGUGCAGUAUUGGAUGCAGAACAAAACAUUUCUAACUGAUCAUAACGAUAUUGCAGAAAUAGCACGGAAACACACCGGGACGAAAGAUAUACAAGUAUCGUAUAAACAGAUUUAUAAAGAGUUGAAAAAGCGAUUUCCUGGACACAUAUUACCAGAAGAGGAUACAGAAUGGCUGUUUAUGAACGCCGGAGGAUGGAUGGGGAGCAUGUGUCUGUUAUAUGCUUCUCUUACUGAGUAUAUACUCUUCUUCGGUACAGCCAUUGAUACUUCUGGAAAUUCUGGUCGAUAUUGGGCAAAUAUAUCUGAUACAAUACUGAAGGGAUCAUUUAGACAGUGGAAAGAAGGAGAGCUGGAAAGCAAAAUGUUCAAACCAGGUGACACUGUUUACCAUGAAUGGGGAGAAGUGACAGCUGUACAGUGGGAAGGUGGAACAUGGAUGGUAGAAUAUGCUAGAGGCUUUAUUCCAUCCACCCUCGGCUUUGCUCUAGCUGACACUUUAUUUAGUACUACAGACUUUGUCAAUCUCUUUUAUAUAAUGCGAGUUUAUACAAAAGCUUUGAUAUUAGAGGCAUCGACCUCAUUAUUAGAAUGGAAAGAAUUUACAAAAGAAAGUUUAUGAUGCCUUUUGAACUAUUUACAUUUGGUAGUAUUUUUUUAGUUUUUUACCUCUACCAAAGGAUGGGGUAGGUUUUUUCACUAGUAUAAUAUAGUCGAUUGGUGAUAAUAGAUUACACGUUUGAUUUUGUAUUUACUUCUGUUAUGACAAUAAAAAUUAUUACUUUUCUACGUU